CCGCGUCGCGGAAAAACCGCGUUUGUCGGCUGACAGGAGAUUGACGAUGAGGACUGAGGAGGAGGGGAAUGAGGAGGGGAAUGAGGAGGAGAGAGGGGUUGAGCACGACACGGGGGUUGAGUAUAGAGCACUGCGCGAGCCCAAUGGAGAAUGGAGGAGGAGGAGUAAGGAGCAAAGAGAAAGCAGCGAUGGCGAACGUGUAGAGAACAAGGAGGAGGAGGGGAAAGGAAACGGGGCAGGAGGAAGCAGGGAGGGAGGGGAGGAGGAGAGGGAGGGACGUGGACUUGAAUACCACCACCAGCAGGAGGAGGAGGAGGAAGAGGAGGAGGAGGAGGAGGAAAGGGAGCGGAGCGAGGAGUUGUUGUMGCGGAAGUUUUGGCGGGAACAACAGAAACUGCCAGCAAUGCAGCCUCCACGUCAGCCACCACGUCAGCCUCCAGGUCAGCCGCCGCUACCUUCGCGCAGCUCCCAGCGAAUGGCGACCGAUGAUGAUCAGAUGAAAUACCACGAUCGCCGAUCCGACAAUCGGACGGCUCUCGCAUUGGCAYUGCUGUUCGUCGGGACGGCCGCCAUCCUCACGCUCGUCGCCGCCUCCGGGAUCCCGGUCGCCGACGCGCGGCCCGUGGAGCAAUUGCACAGCCCGUCGAGGUCGACGGGUCAAGAAUGGACAGUAGCACAGGCCUUGCAUUUUCGUAGGCAGGUGAAGGAGCAGCAGACCGAGCAGCAGCAGCAGCAACAGGAGAAGGAGGAGGAGGAGGAGGAGGAGGAGGAGGAGGAUGGGGGAGAGAAUAUGAAAGAGACGAAAGGCGGGAGCUCAUCGAAACAGAAUACGAGGUGGUGGUCUUCCCCGCUAGUCAUGCCCGGCGGUCAAGAAGGAUGGCGAUCGGGGAGCAGCGGCGAUCUCAAAAACCCAGCGGUGCUUGUCGAUGAGCAGCAGCAGCAGCAGGAGGAGGAGGAGGAGGAGGAGGAGGAGGAACAGGUUCUCGUCGACAACCUAGCGGUGCUCGACGAUGGCGAUCGGGAUCGCGAUGGGCCAACAACCGACGCAGCCUCGUUCGGGGGGAACGCAAGAGCAGGAGGCCGGCUGCUGUCUCCCUCGGCGCRCUCGGCGCACCCCUCCGCGCACGAGGCGGAGGCAACAACAACUUCGACGGCGACGAUGACGGGGAUGAGGAUGAGGAGGACGGACAUGGGAACAACAGUCGAGUCGACGAACCUGCAGGCUUCAUCUUCCCAMGAGGAGGAGGUGGAGCAAGGGGGGGAGAAGGAGAGGGAGAAGGAGAAGGAGAAGGAGGAGGAGGGGUGCGAGAUGCCUUACGGCGUCCUCCCCUGCUCAAGCACUGUCAUCGGUAAUUUGUUCUUGAUGUGGGCCUACGGAUCCAUACUCAUUGCGGCGGCCAGGUUCAUCUCUGAAGGCAGCGAGCUCCUCCUCGAGAUCGUUAAUCCUGGCUUGAUUGGCGGACUUGUCCUGCCUACAUUGGGCGCAUUGCCUGACGCGCUGCUGAUUAUGGUGUCAGGUCUGCGCGGGACGAAAGAGCAGGCGCAGGAGGAGGUGGUGGUCGGGGUCGGGGUCCUAGCGGGCAGCACGAUCAUGAUGCUGAGUCUGGCCUGGGCGGGAUCUGUCAUCGUCGGGAGAUGCGACCUGGCCGGCCCCAAGGCCGAGGCCGUCGAYGGGAAGCUCAGCUUCGGCUGGUCCCCUUGGCGGACAGGUGUCACCACCGACGACGAUACACGUGUCAGCGCCGGGGUCAUGAUUCUCACCGUCGUGCCUUUCGUCAUCAUCCAGAUCCCGUUGAUCGUUCGCCAGUCGCAGGAAGGACCCACGGCCGCUCUCUUCGGACUCAUCUUCGCCUGGGCCAUCCUCAUCSUCUACUUCAUCUAUCAGGUCACCAAUCCCAUCCUGCAGAGGAAGAGGAUCGAGCAGGCAAGGAUAGACCUGGUGCACCACGAGUUCGUCCGYGACCUGUCGGCCUCCGCGAAGAAACUGGGCGGACUGCUGAACGACRACGGUUCGGCGAACAGAGGGGCAAUUGAGAAAUUGUUCGACAAAGCCGACAYRGACGGCAACGGCCAUCUGGAUCCCAACGAGGUCAGGGUGUUGCUGUUGGGACUGGCGCCUGACGUGGCGAGCAGCGAGGACGGCCACGUGGAAGAACGAGCGUCGAACAUUUUCCAAGCGAUGGAUCUGAACUCCGACCGGCGCAUCACGAAGUCGGAGUUCGUCCCGACGCUGACGACCUUUUUGGAGAYGAAGAGGCGUCUGGACAGGGAGAACCUGAUGCACAUGCACAAGCAGGAGUUCUGGGUGGAGGAGACAGAGAAGCAGAGGCUAGUGUACUCAGAACUAGUGGCGAUGGCGGCGGAGGAGAUGGAAGAGGAGGGGGAAUCGGCGGGGGGGGAGAAGACGUUGAGCAAGCGGGAAGUGUAUUUCUGGGCGGUGCUGUAUAUGGCGCUGGGGGCGGGAUUGGCCGCGGUCUUCGCGGAUCCGGUAGUCUCGUCGGUAUCGGGAUUCUCCAGGUCRUCGGGAAUUCCCGCCUUUUUUGUGGCCUUCGUGGUCACCCCUCUGGCGUCGAACUCGAGCGAGAUUGUGUCGUCGUUCAUCUUCGCGAUGAAGAGGAAGAGGYGCUGCAUGUCRCUCACCCUCAGCCAGGUGUACGGAGCCGUGAGCAUGAACAACACCCUCUGCUUGGGGAUCUUCUUGACCGUCGUGUUCGCACGUGGGUUGACGUGGCAGUUCUCCAGCGAAUCGCUGGUUAUCCUGAUAGCAGUGCUAGUUAUGGGGUCGAUGGGAUACUCGCGCCGAACUUUCCAAUUGUGGAUGGCCGUUCCUGUUCUGGCACUCUACCCGCUCACGCUGGCAAUCAUCUACUUCUGUGACACCUUCCUAGGGUGGAAAUAGUUAUACAUUUCUAUAUAUAGAUAUGUAUGUGUGUGUGUGUGUGUGUGUGUGUGUGUGUGUGUGUGUGGCUCUGUGUGUGUGUGUGUGUGUGUGUGUGUGUGGUGACAUUUGCUAUAAACUACAUUUGCUAUAAACUACUCCACAAAGAAAAUCAUGACCGUGCCAGACUGUUACGUCGGACUUUCACCCACUCAUCAGGAGGGUUGUGUGUGUGUGUGUGUGUGUGUGUGUGUGUGUGUGUGUAUUUACAUAAACGGAUAUGUAGAUUGAGAUAACGAGUAUAGAGAGAGAGUUUUGGAACUUGGUUGGAUUUGCGCUUGCAGGUGGGGUGAUGUGUUGUUGUUUUUUUCCCUUUUUUUCUGGUUUUGCACCUUGCUUGGGUGCAAAUAAAAACAAUGUGUGUAC